AGCAGCCGAUGACCGCUGAUGGCAACGAUUGGAUCGGUCUCGAAAACACCGAGCACACUUGCUGUAGACAACAGAAGGCCAAGCGAAUGAGUCCUCAACGUGCGAUCCAUUGAAGCGGGACAUUCGAGCACGCGAACGGAGAAGACAGCCGAGAGAGCGGGAAUCAAGGGCACACCGGGAAACCAGGAGCUGAGAAGGACGACCUUGUUUGCACGAGCACUCAAGGUGUGGCAAGCUCGAAAGCUAAACAACUGCCUAGACUACGGUCAUCAUGGGCACGGCUACUUCUUCUCCAGCUAGAGGUAGUGGGCAAGCCGGGAAACAGGCUUCCACUGUUGACCAACAACAGCAAGAUGACGGUGGGCCAUGGGAAGUGGACCUCGCUAUCCCCUUCGAAGAGAUAACCGACAUUCGCCCACUUGCAGAUGGAACGGGGUGCACCUGCUGGCAGGGCUCACUGGGCGGGAACGACGAAGGCAACAAGAGAGUAGCGAUCAAGACGCUCAAGGCCUCCAACAGCACCUCGGACUCCGACGCGAAGGACCUGGACAGAGAGCUGAGCAUCCUACAGCAUCUGCGGCACCCGAACGUCGUCAGGCUCGCCGGGGCCGGUCAGUCGCCCGAGGGGGGGCGGUUCGUCGCCACGGAGCUCCUCUCGGGAGGAACCCUCUCCGCCGCGAUCGGAACUCAGGACCGCCCGGAGGGAACGGGCUGGUUCCAGCGCUUCCGCGUGCGGACGUGGUUUCCGAUGGACGAGGCUCUCCGGCAAGCCGCGGGGGUGGCUUCGGCGCUCGCCUACCUGCACGACGAGGCGGUGCCGGGGGCAAAGGUUUUGCAUCGAGACAUCAAGCCCAACAACUUAGCCUUCACCGGAGACUUUCGCACGCUCAAGCUUUUCGAUUUCGGCCUGGCCAAGAUGUUGAGACCGGACGACUCGAUCGGCGACAACUUGUACACCAUGACGGGCAACACUGGCUCGAUGAGAUACAUGGCGCCCGAGGUGGCGAGGAACUUGCCGGCCAACGAAACCGCUGACGUCUACAGCUUUGCGAUCGUCUUGUGGGAGAUGGUCAGCCUGGAGCUGCCUUUCCAGUUCUACGGAGUAAAGCAGCUGAGCGAACGGGUAGCUUUUGGUGGAGACAGACCACGGCUGGCGCCCGACUGGCCGACGGGCUUCACAGACCUCCUCACCAGAUGCUGGUCGGCCGAUCUGAGCGAGCGGCCCAGCAUGGCGGAAGUGGAGAAACGCCUGCGGGAAGUGUUAACCGGCAACAAUUGAACCGCACAACUCAAAAACACCACAAGAAUAACGCCAUCCUGGUGGUGGUGCGCGACAGGCGUGCUCUUUCUUUCUUCCUUCCUUCCUUCCUUCCUUUCACUAUUUGCCCUCAGCUCGCCCCUAGUCUGACUUUCAGAGGUCGAUUGCUCCACGCAACGAGGAGGGUACGAAAACCUACCCAUUCGUGCAACAGGCGGGAAACGCUCUGGACGAGAUGUUUAUCUUCUCGAGCACACCCUUCCUUGUCGGCAUUUGAUAUAUUGACAUCCUCCCCGGGGGGGGCAUCGGUCCGUCUUGAGAGCGAUGACUCGCACUUGUUGUACGGUACGUUGUUUUCGAGCAUUGUUCGUAGGGUUAGUGCGUGGGUGACCUCUUCAAGGUUGCUUAUUGCUCUCUAUGGAGGACAAGUCUGGUAGUGUAUCCUUGGAGUAUGUUUCGCUGGUGACCCCGUUUCAAGGUGGAGCAAAAAUGCGGUCGUCCUCCUGUAGGUAACAGUUUAACGUUUCGUAAGAGCAUCGUUGACUUACGUUUGUUGAUGGUCUCAAGUGUGUGUAUGGACCAUGGUCUCACCUUGCGAGUGGUUUAUAUCUGGAGCAUGGUCAUGUAGUUUGUGUGCAGCUUGUGACGCGGGGUGGAUUGAUUUCGAUCGUUUCGUGGGAAGACACUGCUCUGCAGAGAUCAGAAAGCAUAUCAUGACAACAGCAUCGUCACGGCAGCAAACACUGCCUAAAAGCACGCACUUCGUGGGGCCUUCGUUCUCGAUAGAGCAAG